AUGCGAAGUGGGAAAAAUGAACAAUUAAUUUUAGCUACAACCGGUACCACACUUGAAAUGCAAGGCACAAGAGUAACACGAACACAGUAUGGUUUCCGCACAUUACAAGAAUCAUCAGCCAAGAUGUGCUUGAAAGUCACUGGAUACCCAUUACCAGAGAUCACAUGGUACAAGGAUGAUGUACAAUUACAUGAAGACGAACGACAUACAUUCUACGCUGAUGAAGAUGGCUUCUUUGCCAUGACUAUUGAUCCAGUACAAGUUGAAGAUACCGGCCGAUAUACGUGCAUGGCAACGAACGAAUAUGGUCAAGCCUCGACGUCUGCUUUCUUCCGAGUACUAAAGGUAGAAAAAGAGGCUGCACCACCGAAAUUUGUAAAUUCGCUAAAGGAUCAAGAAUGCAAAGAAGGCGAAGUGAUUAGCUUCGAAUGCGAGGUGGAAGGCUGGCCAGAACCAGAAUUAGUGUGGUUAGUAGAUGACCAGCCAUUACGACCGUCUCAUGAUUUCAAAAUUGAAUACGAUGGUAUGAAUGCGAAGCUUGAGAUCAGGUAAGU